ACUUUCUUCACAAAGAAGAAUAUAAUAUAACAUGGGAUUACGUCUUCGUCUUUUAAAAGUCCUGAUAUAUCUGAGUUGUAAAUAUCCUGACACUUCGGGAGGGUCACCAGAUUGCUUCAGUAAUCCUGUCGGUGUUGCUGAUCCCAGUGUCAUCUCCAAUAAUCAGAUAAAAGCGCGUUCUGAAAGCAAUGGUUAUAGCCAAGCGUUUUACGGUCGACUAAACGCUAAGUACGGUAAUGGUUGGUGUUCUAGUCUGCCUAACAGUAACAACGAAUGGCUCCAGGUUGACAUCGGAAUAAUAAUUCAAGCAUGUGGUCUUGCUACCCAAGGGGACAAAGAAUGGAAUUUGAAAGGCAGAUGGGUCACAGCUUUCAAACUAUCUUAUUCCCUGGAUGGAACAAACUGGGAAACUUACCGGAAUGAAACUGGUGGGGAAAUGGAAUUUCAGAGGAAAGGAAGUAGUUUGAUAAUCGACCAGCACAAGUUAUCUCUGCUAGUGUAUGCAAGAUACUUCCGAUUUCAUCCAACCCAGCGUCACAAGCACAACUGCCUCAGAGUUGAGAUUUACAAAGAAAAAAUCACAGUCCCAUUC